AUGACUGCAGAUAAAGAACGACUGGACCGCACUAUCAUCGCAAUGCGGGUGGCCAGAGAAUUGCCCCCGGGUGCGUAUGUGAACCUCGGCAUCGGCAUCCCCACGUUGGUCUCAAUGUUCGUGGCAGACGACAGCGUCGUGUGUUACCACAGCGAGAGCGGCGUACUCAACUGUGGGCCGUUGGCAGAAGACGGCAACGAAAACAUCGACCUCAUCAAUGCUGGAGGCCAGUUCCUGGAACGUGUCCCGGGAAUGGCAUUUUUCUCUUCCGUUGACGCUUUCGCCAUGAUCCGUGGCGGGCACGUGGACGUUACGGUAUUGGGGGCUCACCAGGUUUCCGCUAUCGGCGACCUGGCUAACUGGAUCCUUCCCGAGCGCGGAGUCGGCAACAUCGGGGGAGCCAUGGAUUUGGCGGCCGGCGCCGGCAAAGUCAUAGUGGCCAUGGAACACAACGACCGCCAGGGCAACCCCAAGGUUGUUCAGGAUUGCGUCUAUCCCCUAACUGGAAAAGCGUGCGUCUCGUUGAUAGUCACUGAUGUCGCCGUAUUGGAACCCACUCCCGACGGCAUGGUGCUGCGUGAAACGGCUCCCGGGUGGACGCCGUUCGAUGUUCAGUCGGUCACCGGAGCUACUCUCAUUAUUCCGGAAAUCGUGUCGGAGUACGAGGUAUGA